AGCAACGCUUAAUUGACUGUCUGAUGUCAACACACCACUGUCAAUUAAUGUUAUGGUUUUCUUUUCUCUUAUGAAUCAUAGAACAACUAUUAAUUAACCACCAUUGAGAUUUUAAGUUUCAACGAUAUUAAAAUUCUUAACUUGUAUUCUAACCGAAAUGCGUGGACCGAUAGAAAAAAAUAAUUAUCCCAAAGUCUCAGAUCAUUUAUACAAUGGAGCAAUUUUAACAUACAUAGGAGGUGUAUUGUUUAUGAUUUCAUUUUGCAGCCCCUACUGGGUAAAAUCAUAUACAGAAACAUUUUCAAGUUUCAAAAAUAUGGGAAUUUGGCAGUAUUGUUUCGAUGAAUUCAGAUACCCAUUAUUUCAAUUUGAUAAAUUGUUCAAUGGUUGCCAUCAUGUAUUCAGCAAGGAGUAUCAUGCAAUUCGUGAGUGGUUACUUCCUGGAUGGCUUCUAGCAGUUCAGGCUUUCAUGACAAUGUCUUUUUUGUUGAGUUUUGGAGCUCAAGCAAUCAUGGCAUUACAAGUUGUAAGGUUUCCUUUGAGAUUAGUGUUACGAUAUGAAUGGAUAAUAUCUUCCAUCAAUUUUGGAAUGAUAACUACUACAACGGUCUUUAUGUUCUUAUCCUUUCUCAUUUUUGGAUGCUCAUACACAAGACGAGAUUGGUUGAUGUACCCAAACUUCAAUUUUUUGACUUGGGGCUAUUGGCUUGGAGUAAUUUCAUUAUUAUUCCAUGCUCUUGCAGCAGUAUCACUUUAUAAGGAAGCAAGAUUGAGUUAUGAAUUGAAACAAGAGUCUAAAAACUUAAUUAUGCAAAUGCAGCCUAAUCCUCAGCACAGGCUGGGAUGGUCUAUAUAUUGAAAUGUUGAACAUUUCUGUUUUAUUUGAAGUACACAUCUAUUUUUACACUCUAAAAGUGUAUUGUUGAUUAUAAGAUAUAUCUACUAGUAUUGUAACAAUUUUAACAAUUGUAUUCAUUAUGAAGCUCGAAUUCAGAGUUAAAAUGGUUGUGUGAAACAAUUAUGUACCUUUCUGCAGUUAUUAAUAUGUAAUCAUCAGGUUUAUAAAGUUAUGAUUGAAAACGUUUGACGAACAAGUUCCAGAUAUUUUGUGGAACAAUUUUUCAUUGAAUACCAUUUUUCUUCGUUAAUAUGAAUAUUUUAUUCGAAUAUAAAAUUAAGGACUUUUUUAUACCUAGUUGAUUGAAAUUACCUAAUUAUGAAACUGGUAAUGUUCUUUCUAAAUUGGGACAUUCCAGUGUGAAUUUCUAUUUCUGAUAUUUGUUUUCUAUUUCAUAAAUAUUUACUCUAGUUUAUUAUUAUGUAUGAUACUAUUAUUAUGACACAAUGUUAUCAUUUGUUAUACUGACAUUUCUAAUUUCACUGCAUUUAUUGUUUGAAUUAUAAAAACUGAAGUAUUUUUUUACAAUUGAAUCCGUCCAUCUUGGGAAUUUUAUACGAAAUUAUAUCUUUAUAUUUGAAUAAGUUACAAAUUGAAUUAUAUUCUUUAUACGAUAAAAA